AUGGAAAAUUUUGAAGCGAUUGAAUCCACCAAGAGAAAACCUUCUACUCUUCACGCUGGAUAUCAGUAUCAAAAAUAUAGAAAAAAUAAGGAAGAUGUUGUAACUUGGGUACCCAUUUUUCUACUGGCUUUAGCUGUACAAACAAGCUUGGCAGGAGUAAUUUCCGAUCCGAACUACACCAAUCAACAAAACUACGAUCAGGAAAAGCAAGAAACUUUUAACCAUCAAGAACAAUCUGAUUACGGAUCCAAUGAUAUCUCAGACCAUGAAGCUCAAAUAAGUCAACAAGCCGCAGGAGGCGAACACGGAGGAGCAGGCCACGAUGGUGGAGCUCAGCAAAGUCAUGCGGCUUUGGAAAACCUUGGAAACCUUGGCAGCCUUAUAUCCCAUGGAAUUAACAUCGGAGGACACGAUGGUGGUCAUGAGGGUGGUCAUGAUAUAGGAGGUGCAGAUCUACACCCUCAAGUCGAAGUACAACACGAUCACAUUCCAACUCACACUAUCGAAAAAACUAAAGAAGUACCAGUAACCGUAGUUAAGAAAAUCGGAGUGCCAGUACCUCAUCCAGUCGGCGUUCCCACACCACAAAUCAUUAAAGUACCAGUUCCACAACCUUAUGCAGUACAUGUGCCUGUUCCUCAUCCAAUUGCAGUACCAAUUUACAAACUAGUACCACAAGAAAUUGAAAAGAGAGUACCAAUUCAAGUAGAAAAGUUGGUUCCCGUUUACGUAGAAAAACCAGUGAAAAUCGAAAUCGAAAAACAUCAUAUCGAAUACGUUGAUAAACCUUACCCCGUUCAUGUUCCUGUAUAUAAGCAUGUCUUGCACACGAGUGGCCACAAGAAAUGGUAA